GAACUCAGCGUGUCCCGCCGGGGAGGGGAGAAGGGCGGCGCUGCCACUGCUGCUGUCUAUAUUGCACUGAGCCUGAGAGCGCUUUUCCCCCUCUUUUGCUCUGGGUGCCGUCGAGUGUAAACCUCAAAUUGGGAGACAUGGCUGGAUAUUUGAAAGUCCUCAGCUCUCUGUCGAGGUCUGCCGCCGCCCUGUCCAGGAACCCCGCGGUGCUCGCUCCGGCCGCCAGUUGCCAGACUUUGCCACAAAGAAACUGUGAGUGGAGAGAGAUAACCGGGGUCAUCUUCAGCAUCAUUGUGUUGACGCUUAGCCGCUGCCUGUGCUAGCUUGUGUGUUAAGAUGUCGCCCCUGAAUGUACCCCCGCUGAUGUAUUCAUGGUAGCCGGACUAGAGAGCCGUUAAACCGGACACUCUUUUGAAGCCGGUGGCGCCGCGCCACGCAGCCAUGCUAGCCGGGCUGCGGUAAAGCAAACCGACUGAGAUGCGCUUAAUGAUUUUACGAGCUUCGGCAACGAUGCUCCAGAGUUAAAUGCCACCGUGGUCGUUUUGUACCUGCUCAAAUGCAGAUUAUUAAAUCCACAGGAGGCGGUAGAUGUCGAUAGAAGUGAGGGCCGAAGCGACGAGUCGAGCAGAAGCCGGAGGAGCGCUGUCUUUGUCUCCUCCAUUCAAAGUUUGAGUAGCUGUAGAUGUCAGUGUGUUGAUUUAAGGUCGCAUCUGUGUAAGAGGAAGGAAGAAAAAACCGAAAGUUUCGAUGACAAGGUGCGAGUUUACAUUUCGUUUUCCGUCAAAAUAAGUGAAAGGUAGAAAAUUUAGUAAUAGCAGAUGAAUUAAAACCAUCUCCUGUUGGUAGCCGGUCACAUACCCGGCUGAACACAAUGAAAGAAACGCUGUUUUUGUUGUAACUCUGGUGAAAUUAGACUUCCCGAAAUAAACCACUGAGCAUGCCCCCAGCCAUUUAGUGUUGUCGUAAAUCCUGAAUUGACUGAAAAGUUUCUCGCAGGUCAGCCGCAUACGAGACUCCGCAAUAAAGAGCAAUGGCUGCCGCUGCUUCAGAGUUCAGUCUGUCCUACAUCAUGUUUUCCAUCUGGGUUAUAUUCACCCCUCAGAGUAGAUGUUCUCACACAAAUUGCCGCUUUAGCAUCAGUGUAACAAGCCCUUUAAACUGAUUUUCUCCUGUGCUUGACCUGUGUCUAAACAGUUCAAGGGCAGCAACCAAAAUCCUCUCAUUUUACGUGUUUUUGGAACAGGGAUCAAGAUUUAUCACGUGGUCUCUCUCUCUCUCUGCAGUCAUCCCAGAUUUCACACAGCACAGGCUUUCUUCUAGUUUGAAGUACUGAAAGGUCUCCAUGCAACAAACCCCUAACACCAGCAGCUAGUGGGUCAGUUGAAGGGCAGUUUGGCUCCUGAGUGUGAUUGAAUCGACAUGUCAUUUGAGCCCUAACAGUGUACCAGUCUGUCAAUGAUGAAUGAUAGUGACCCAGUUUGCACCUGCAAGAAUGUCUUUGGUACACAAAGCAUCUCAAGCUGUUGAAAGAAUCGCACGGUUACACGUGAAGAGUCCUUGCUCGCAUUAACCUGUGGCAUUAUCUCUGAAAAUACUGGGAAAUAAAUCAAAGUGGUUGCACACUGUAAAAGUUUAACCCAGAAAACUGACAGGUGGCCCUUUUUAAUAGUUUUAUAUUGUACUCUUGCCUUUUAUUGACAAGUGCAAUAACCACGUCCUUCAAAGUUUACAGUUCAUCCAAGUGUCCAAUGCGCCGUUCCCCUCUGGCUGUAAAUUUUACCAAAAGACAACUUAACGCUGUCAUCAACGUCAGACAAAGCUGUAAAUCUCUUGCGUCAGUUUCCUUUUUUCUGCCAGUAUUUAUUUGAGGACUUUUUGACAGUUCAUUAACCGACCUUCCUGAAACCUCUGUGCUGUCUGGCCUGAAGGUGUGUUUAAGCCUGUUUUCUUUUUGAGGGCUUGCCUAUACCUAUAUGUUGAACUUUAACUAGAGAGAACGAAUUGUCACCUGCACAUUAAGAGUGCAAGAUUUAGAUAUAGAUGACACUCAAUACUGAGGAAUGUUGUCAUAAAGAUUAAACUGAGUGUAAAUUGUUAGGUACUGCGUGGAGUGGGGUCGCUCUUCAAGCAACAAAAGUGUGAGUGAUGGUAUCCAGGUCAAAGUUUAAAGGCGGCCUCCCUGUCAAAGCUACAGUUGUGAGCUCUUGUUUGCAGAUGCACUUGUAGAUGUAUUGUGUGUCUGGUGUGACUGGCUUCAACUCUGCAGACUACUAUACAAAGCACAUGUGUGAACGAUGUGGGCAGCCAGGACCACAUGACUUAGUUUCAGCUCGCCCUUCAGUGUCCAGCGUUUGUUGAUGAGUCGGAUGUUAUGUAACCGACUCAGCUGCCUCCAUGCUUUCCCCUCCCCCUCCUCCAGGAUAGUGGAGUCCUGUUUGAUGGAAUUUAGGUUAAACAAGAAAGAUGUAAUGACCGACCCAUGAUGCACUGCUGCAGUGGUUGUGCCAAUCUGCUAAUCUGCGAUUAAAUUAAGCAAAAUCCAGUUUAGUUUCUGUGCUCACGAGGUGGUUAAUUUCACUCUGUAAUACCACAUUAGAGUUUGUGAAUCUACUGGAAGCUUGUGUCAGGGAUCGAAAACACAGAAUGAGUUAAGUUAUUUUUUGGAGAGGCCUUUAAUCAUUUUAAUUUCUGGCGAAUAAUGGAGAAUGAUUGCUGGAAUACCGUGCUUCGUCUGUGGACUGAUUGACAGCUUCACUUUUAGUGAAAUCUCAGUUUUGGCAAUACUACAUAUAUCUCUACAUUCUGUAUAAUUCUGCCAGCGUAAAAUGAAGAAGGCAGUGCAGCUUUUUUAAAAUGAUAUAUAUAAAAGCAAUAUCUAAUGUUCAAAGUACACAACACUCUCACCUAAACUCUUGAUACUGGUGUAACACUUUAUGCUCUUGUUAAAUUGUGAGUAGUUUUAUGUUGAAGGUCAUAACUGUCUUUGCUCGGAGGUUAUUUUCAGCCUCAUGUUCUGUGUAUCUGUGCUCAGCAGAGCGGAGGCUGUUAUGACAGGUGUUACCAAGGCUGCAUGGAGCUAACUCGGUCAAAAGUCUGCACAGCUCCCAACAGUAUUUUUGUUGUCUUAUUAAAUGCUUCGAGUGAGUAAAAGUGAUAUUGGUUGUGUAAUGAUUCCAUCAGACUUCUUAUGCUUACUUUCAGUAUUCUGGGAAAAGCUUUAGCAGCGUUGGGGUAGCAUUGAUUUGGCUGAGAAGGCAGAGAGUCACUUGAUCCUCUGCACCUCCCCCUGUACUUUUCUAUUCACUGAAAUGGUCCUGCUGGCAAGACUCUCACACACUGAGCAGAACGGGGGUAGAUAUGAUUAAAGGUACUUAUCUAGACUGAUCCACAAGGGGAGUGAAAGAAAGUAAAGAAACCAUGCUCUUUUGAGGCCCAGGUGGAGUGGAAGUGAAGUACAGUCCAAUUUGGGUCCGUUCAGAACUCUUGGCUGUAAUAAUGUCAAAGUUUUUAGCCUAAAAUAAUAACUAGAAACUGUGAAAUUGGCAUUUAGUCCCUAGGAGGUUUCUAAGGUUUAAUCUAAAUGCUCACUGUGGUUUUUGUCACACAGUACCUGUGGAUUUGAUGGGCUGUGCAUUGAUUAUCAUGCAGUAGAACUUGAUGAAAUCAUAGUCGUAGGGUUACUUUUAUAGCUAUUAUGGUUAGUGAUGAGAGAGAGUCAGUGCUGACAGAAUGGGGAGAGGAAAGCCAUUUCCAAGACUGCGUAUUUAUAAACAUGGCAUGUUUAGAAAUACUUCAACAAUUGUCCCUUUCAGAUUUUAUUUAUUUAUUUAUUUUGUGAGAAGAGGAUCCAGCCAAGUCUGCAGCAAGAAUCCCCUUAUUUUUAACAGUCCCUUAAUGGCCACACCACCUCAUUAAAUGUUUUGUAUUGCCAUUCUUCCUUGGCUUUAGAAAGCAGUUAAAAAAUAGAAUACAAUGAAUAUAAUGUGUGAAGAAAGCAUUUCCCAACUCUCAGAGUUAAAGUUUUCCUCUUGGCUUAUUACUUUAAAAAAGGUAGAAAAUGGUUAAAGCAAAUUUUUUUAUUAAACUUUAAUGGAGCUGAACCAACUGAUGAGCCCCAAAAAAAUGAAUCUGCAGCAAAUUUCUGAAUUUAUGUGUUCACUUGUUUGUUUGUUUGUUUUUUGUUUUUUUUUAUGCUGAAAUGCCAAAUUAUUUUCCUCUUUCUAGGCUCUGAAGAGUUUUCCCUUUCUCUUCUCAUUUUUUUCAUUCAACUGGAAAUCAUCGGCUGCUGGAUAAAAGAUUUGAAUUGAACUACAAAUUACACAAGAAAUUUUCUGAUUGAUUCGGAAGGAAAACAACAGACAGAUUAGUCAGUAAUAGGAAUUGUAAAUUGAAGCUCAAGCACAGAUUUUUCCCCUGUCUUGUGAAGGAAACAGGAAAAGGAAAAUAUUUUCAGACAACCUAAAAAUAGGACAUCUUUUUCCCAUGUGCUGUGGUUUGUUUCCUGUGCAAUAUGUUGUUAAGAUAUAGUAUUCAUAAAGAAUGUUUUCACAUAUGUUGACAGAUGCCGACAAACGCAUCAAGGUGGCCAAUCCAGUGGUGGAGAUGGACGGCGACGAGAUGACCAGGAUCAUCUGGGAGUUCAUCAAAGAGAAGGUGAAGAAGUGGCCUCCAGGGGUUGGGAGGGUUAUGCACACAGAGCACUGGUUUUGACUGUCAGAGGACAAGGUGCCUACGCUGUUUGUCUGGCUCUCCUAUUUUUACAUCACAGUCUGACACGUGGACGUGAAGGGAGGGUUACAGUCAGAUUAUGCAUGUUAUGAUGCUGUGGGGGGAGGGGCAUGUAUGAUGUUUGAUUCAGUCAGUGGCUGGUUUCAUCCUCAAAGAACAGAUGGUGUGUUGGCUCAGGAAGAAAACGUGGAGAAGCAUGAGAUAAAUUACAACCUGAGUGGUCUCCUUUGAAAUGAAUAAUAUAUGUAAUGAAUAUGAAUAUCUGAGGCCAGUUGUUGCUUUAGAUGUUCCUCAGUCAUUUUUUCUUUUUCUUCAGCUGUUAGUACCACAUAUAAACAGUCGCAGUGAUCCUGAUAUAACAGUGUUUUCAAGUUUUCUUUCUUAAUUGCAUUUAAACAAGUGCUGUAACAAGACAAUUAUCGCCUUGUGUGUUUUUGUUGUCGUUUAGCUCAUCCUGAACAAUGUCGAUGUUGAGCUGAAGUAUUAUGACCUCGGGCUCCCGUACCGUGACCAGACUGAUGACCAGGUCACCAUCGACUCAGCCCUGGCAACUAAGAAGUACAGUGUGGCGGUCAAGUGUGCCACCAUCACACCCGACGAAGCCAGAGUAGAAGGUACGGAACCAGACUUUGAUAGCGUCUUUUACAAUUCUAGUCAUAGAGGAAGGGAGACCUGCAGCCAUUGUCCCUCCUCCAGGUUUCUUGCCCCUUGAAGAGCAGGAUGUAACGGGAAUAAACCUAGCGCUUCUGCUAUGUUUCCAUUCAACACACUCAGCUUUGUAAAAACUUUGUAAGGACAGUCAAUGAUUGUGUUUUAUUGUGGGCAUUUUUGUCUCUAUAUUUGUCUUUUUUUUAUUUAGAGUUCAGCCUGAAGAAGAUGUGGAAGAGCCCCAAUGGCACCAUCAGGAACAUCUUGGGUGGCACUGUUUUCCGCGAGCCAAUCAUCUGCAAGAACAUUCCCAGGCUUGUUCCAGGCUGGACGCAGCCAAUCACCAUUGGCAGACAUGCCUUCGGUGAUCAGGUGAGACUUCAGACAUGCUUGAGGAAUUUAGUUCAGCUGUUUUUCUUCUUCUUCUUACAUCUUGAGGCUGAAAAACCAAUUCUCCUGGCAACUCUUGAAAUAGUAUAAAAACCUCUUGGUUAAGUGACUUUGGUUUGCUUCUCUUACAGUACAGAGCAACAGACUUCGUCAUCGACCAGCCUGGAAAAUUCAAGAUAAUCUUCUCUCCUACUGAUGGAAGUGCAGGCAAGGAAUGGGAGGUCUACGAUUUUCCUGCUGGUGGCUGUGGAAUGGGCAUGUACAACACAGAUGAGGUAAAUGUUGAAUUUAAGGUAAAACUGGCCUGUUCUCAAAAAAUCUCACCAAAACUUCAAUACAAACAAAACGAGAUGAUUUGUGCCUCUAAUUCUCAAUAUUGUUUAAAUCAGACAUUUGGCACACCUCUGAGGAAAUACAUCCUGAUUAAUAAAAGUUGUAGGAUAAUGACUGAGGCGUAGUUAAUCUUAGGUGCCUGUGAUGCAGUUCUGGAAAACUGCAGAGUAACCUGGAGUACCAAAGUUCAUUGUAAUAAAAUCACUUGUUGGUUUGAGCUUUACCUGCUAGCCAGGGCCACACAGACCAAAGUUGUUUAAAGGCUAAACAAUGGUUGAUGGAGGUCUAUGAUUGGACUUUGUGACAGCUUUACAGUUUCAACAUUUCAGCCCAGAUUUUCACAUGUGCCUAAUUUAAGUGUUAAUAGGAUGAAUGACCCUGUAGGAGUGAGUUUUUUCUCCUUUUUGACCACCAUGUGACCCUAACAGUGACCCUUGAAGAUCCCAGUCCUUGCAGGAAUCUAAAGUUUGUGACUGAAGUCUGUUUCUGAAGCUUUGAAAGUACUUCAUUACCAGUGAAAUGACAACAUAAUUAAAAGUCAAUUAUUUCCUUUCUGUGGUCUAUUUCAUACAAACUGUCACUCUAUAUCCUCCCAUGCAGUCACUGCAAACACUUCUUUUAUAUAACCGUAAAAUGACUGGGCUUAAAUAUUGAAAUUAAGACAUUCUUUCAGACAACCAGAAAAUGAAGUUAAAUUUCACCUGUGGCUAUUUGUAGUAUUGAAGCAGCAGUAUUUGCAGAAGCCUAACCUCCCUUCAACUGGCUAAUCUACUGUUUUGUUUGCCUUCAUCAACACAGGUCUGUUUGAUUUAACAACACCAGAGGUCGUCGUAGAUGACUUUCAACUUGUAAAGUUGAAGGUUGUUAACCUCUGUGCUACUGAUAAAAUAGUCCUACAGUUUUAAAGUGUUGGUGUUUUUUUCCCCCCUCCACAGUCUAUUACAGGCUUCGCACACAGCUGCUUCCAGUAUGCCAUCGGCAAAAAGUGGCCGCUCUACAUGAGCACAAAGAACACCAUUCUUAAAGCCUACGACGGCAGAUUCAAGGACAUCUUCCAGGAUAUCUUUGAAAAGUCAGUGUCUUUUUGUUUAUCCUGUCUUAAGCACACAAUAUAACAGUACAGAAGCUUAGUAGAAACUGUAGUAGAUGUAGUUUUUCAUGUUUGUUCUUCCUACAGGAACUACAAGCCUGAGUUUGACAAACUGAAGAUCUGGUAUGAGCACAGGCUUAUUGAUGACAUGGUCGCCCAAGUGCUGAAGUCUUCUGGAGCGUUUGUGUGGGCCUGCAAGAACUAUGACGGAGAUGUUCAGUCUGAUAUCCUUGCUCAGGGUGAGAUAUUUAAGAGGCCGAAAAACAGUCGCAGUGUUGCUUCUAUGGAAAUCACGUUGUUAUGAAAUACUGGAACCUGCUGGCACUUGCCAGUUUUGCAGUUGCGUGGGUUGCAUUAAGAAAGGAUUUUGACUUUUCUGUUUCCUCUUUUAGGUUUCGGGUCUCUGGGUCUGAUGACUUCAGUUCUGGUGUGCCCUGAUGGAAAGACAAUUGAGGCUGAGGCUGCCCACGGCACUGUGACCAGACAUUAUCGUGAACACCAGAAGGUCAGUUAACAUCAUCAGUCUUGGGGCUCUGCAUCUUGUAACAGUCAGGUGGCCAAUGGAGCAGAAAAUGCCACAUUAUGGACUGAGAUAAACAAACUGCAUGAUCUGUGGACCUGUACUGCCACCAUGUGGUGAUGGUGGGAAUAAGAAGUAUGUCUAUAUAUUGCUGUUUGAUAAAUACUGAACUGUUUCUGUGCGCUGUGACGGAUGAAAUCAAAUCCUCCACUCUGCUUUAGGGAAGGCCAACCAGCACCAACCCCAUCGCCAGCAUUUUCGCCUGGACCAGAGGCCUGGAGCAUCGCGGCAAACUUGACGGCAACCCCGACCUCAUCAAGUAAGUCUAGUUUUUUGAGCUUGUCGGAUAUGUGCCACCUUAAAACAAGAAAUGCCUCUCCCUCAACAUCUGUGUUUGCCGACAGAUUCUCCCAGACUCUGGAGCGGGUUUGUGUCGAGACUGUCGAGAGUGGUACAAUGACCAAGGAUCUUGCAGGCUGCAUCCACGGCCUGUCCAAGUAAGUUCAAAUUAGUGUUUAUUUCGGAGUUCAACAACUUAGUUUUUAGUGUAGCUUUGAGAAGUCUUUUCCAAGAAUUUCCUUUUGAAGUUCUAGACAGACAUUGUUUUAGAUGAAGACCGUUUACUGUGUUUUACCAUAUUUCUGACUUGAACAGUGUCUAGUCAUGAGGUGAAUGACUAAAAUGUAAACAAUUCAGUAAGAAAAUGUCCUGAAUGUAAUGAAUGAUGAUAAAGUGUGUUUCUGACUUAAUAAUAUGACAUCGGUAUAUUAUUCCUUUUACUUGUAUCACUCAUCAUCUAAUAUGACUAUCCUGAGACUAGUUAUUUUAAAUCUGCAACUUAUUUAUGAACGUUAACAAAAAACUUAAAUAUGCUCACCUCACUUUUUUCUCUGGCUCUGUUACUCCUCCCCUCUGCAACCUCACACACUGUACCUUUAUCUUAUUCUCUCUUUAUAUACAUACAUUAAGUGGUGUGUCUGUAUUUUUUCACAACAUCCAUUAGUAGGAAGUUUAAGGACAUCUAAGCAACAUGACUCAGUGUUUGACCAAAUAUUUCCUUGAUCUACUACAUGUGAACUUGACUUACUAAUGCUGUAGCAACAAGCCAAAACUAAAAGAACUUUAAAAACAGCGGUAUGAGAAGGUUCAUAUUGAACAUGAGACAUCACUCUUAAAUCGAUAUGUUUACAGGAGGGAAAUAAUGAGGGACCUCUCGCUAGCAGAGCCUGUGUCAGGUACUUCAGGUUAUCAGACGUGAAGGGCAGAGACAAACAGGAGAUCUUCUACAUCAUUGAUAACAGAUGGUGAAAAAAAAGAAAAUGAAAUCAAUAGGUAAUUAUACUUGGGUGGCCCGCCCAGGUAUCAUCUAUGAGUGGGAUGUGCUGAAUGACACCCACAUUUCAGCUGUUUAGUCUGAUUCUGUGAUGCGGCCUGUGUGGUCUGCAUCGCAAGACCCUUAAAUACUAAUGAACAAGAAAGAGAGACCUCUCCUCAUAGCAUCCAGAGGUCUCUCUUAAUUUAUCAGUACCAAAAGUGUCUAACAGACAACAUCAUCCUCUUUGUGUUUUUUUGUUAUUUAAUGUCUGAGCCAUAAUAUUCCGAACGACUUUGACUGCUGGAUGACACAGUCACCUCUCAGGGAGAUUUCUUCAGGUUUUGGUUUGGGGUCAGCCUCAGAGACCCAACAGAAAGCUCUUCUCAUAGGAGACAUCACUUGAUCUUUUUCAUCUUUUGAGAGGUUCAAGGUUUCUUGUAUGAAAUUGAAGAGGAAACUACAUUCCUACUAGUACCUUCCUUUUUUUUUUUUUUUUCCAAGGCCAUAAACGCCACAAAUGCGGUGAUCUCACCCGUAGGAUCGCUGUUUUCCUCUGUGCCUUCGUUCAUAUGAGCUCUUAGCUGUUUGAUAUUUUAAGAUUUUUUCUUUUUCAGUUUUUUUUUAAUGUAAAAUUGGAAACUUAAAAGAAAAAAAAACCCCGAAAAUGUAUCUAUUGAAUAAAACAAAUUUCUUAAUCUCAGGACUUAACCUGUUUUUUUUUUCUAUUGUUUUAGCACAUGAACAUUUUUAUGUGCUGAGAAAUGAAUCUUAUGGCAGCUCUCAAAAACAGUAGUUUGGGACUCUGUCUGAAUUCUUUCUUUUAACUUGAAAGAAAUAUUUCCUCCGAUAAGACCAGCACUGUGUCUGUCAGGAGCCCUACUAUAAGGCAGGGCUUUACGCCCCCCUUCCCCUGACCUGCCAGCGUGUUAUACAACUCGACAACUUGAAAGUUUGACCCAAGCAUGCCUUCACCUUUUUUCUAGCUUAUCUUUAAGAAGAAAGGUGAAAGAUUUUUUUUCUAUUCUUUCCGUAAGGUGUUUUUGGUUUUAUAGAAGGAUAGAAGGAUGUCUUCAAACCUGAUUUCAAUCAGGUUUGAUUGAACGUUGGGCUGUUCCAGGCAAAAACAGAAGUCCUGGUCCAGGUACAAAAAAAAAAAAAAGUUGUACUUGGGAACUUGAAGAAUUUCCAGCAUUGUGAAAAAUUAGUGCAACUUAGAGGCUUAAUGACAUAACUCUAUCAAGUUGCAUUUUUUUAUAUUUUCAUAAACAAAAUUAUAUGAAAAAAGAAGAAAAAUUCUCAGAAUGAUUUUUCAUCUAGAUCGGAAAUAUUUUCUUGACCUUAUAUAACUUUUAUCUGAGGGUUGUGUAACCCUGUCUGAGGUAUGUGCUGUCUUAUUCACCAUCUUGUUUCUACACAUAACUGGUACAUGUACUAAAUAAGCUGUUUGAGCUCACCUGCUUUUAUAAACCCGUUUAAAAGUAUAAAGUAUUUUAAACUAUGAUGUGUUGCGUCUCAUACAUUUGUAGAUUUUCAGUCAGAAUAGACAUAACUCUGGACUGACGCAUUGACAAAAGAAACAUUUUCAAAAUAAUGCAACUACCAACUACCUAAGUUUGACUCUAGUGUUAUUUUUACCAAGUAAUAUCAUUUAUUUAUCAUGUGAGUGUUUUUGACCAGCAACAUUAUGUAACGCUAAACCCUGUAAAUGUAAAUAAUAAGGUUUAUUGAUUGAUUUUGGCUUGAACAUGUAUCCUAAAGCAAAAUAUUGAAUUUUCCGAACUUGUCUUGCUUUCAUAGCGUCAAGCUGAACGAGCACUAUGUCAACACCACAGACUUCCUCGACGCCAUCAAGACAAAUCUGGAUAAAGCCCUGGGCAAGUGAAGGACUUGAAAGAAUAUAGUUAGCCUGGAGAUUGCAAUGUCACUCAUCUGUUUUUGUACCUCAUUUUUAACUUAAAAGGUCAAUAAAUCCACUUAUUACUUAAGUAAAUGAGAACUGUGUGUAGGAAUAUGUAGUAUCCUAUAAGGUUAUUAAAUGGUUGACAGCUGUCCCUCAACCUGACACCUCCCUAACUUUCUGUUCCACUGUUUGCAAGGUUUUAUUUUUGUAAUGUGAAGUACUGUAUUCAAUUACUGUGUAAUGCCUUGGGCAGGACUGAAGCCUAUGUCAAACAUAUUUGCCAAUAAAUCCCUUGUUUGACUCACCUUUACAAUUUGUUGCAGUUGAUUUGAAUUAAAACAGGUACUCUACUUUUUAAGGUAAAUAAAUUUAUUAUUUUACAGUUUCUUCUGUUACACAACAUUAUGCAUACAUUUCUAUCCACAUUAUCUCCACACUAAUGUCUAAUACAGGAAGUCAUUUAAACUGGACAUCUCCCCUUUUUGUAUCAUCACUAAAAAAAGUGAUUUAAUGAACACAGAAGCUGAAAAACUCACAAAAUUGAGCAUUUUUAUUUUAAUGUGCUUUAGAAACAUUGCAAAUGAAUACCUAGUUUUUAGGUUUCAAGUUUGAAAAGCUUAGCAUAGGGAAACUGAAUAUAUUGAGCAUUUCCCAAAUCAUUUUCCACAAGGUCCGUGGCCCUGUCACAUGUUGGGAGGUUGUCGUUCAUCACUUGAGAGCAGUGUACAGCAUGAUGGAUGGCAUGCUCUUGCAGACACACCGGGGCACUUAAUAUUUCUGUCCGAGUUUUUGGGGACAAUUCUUGUUGAGAUUCAUCCAGAAAAAAAUAACUGCAAUAUGGAAACCAUGUUUGCAUUGCUUUAGGAAAAAAAAUGCCGCAGUCUUGUCUUGUGAAUCCCUGGAUGGGAUGAAAAUUGUGAGAUUUGCUGAAAGAGAAGCUGUACCAUAGUCUGGUCUCUGCGGUAAUCUUUUGAAGAGAUCUACAGAUGGGUGGGAGAGAAACCUGAAUGUAAUUUCAUGAGGUUUGUGAAUGGACCCCAUGAAAUCCAAUGUCCCAGCUUAACACAACAGCAAGUGAAAAGAGACUUACAGCAUCCAUAGCUGCAAGAUUUGAUCCAAUUCUUUGGUAAAGGGGUCCUACCAUUGAAAUGGGUGUUUUGAUUUUGUUUUCAUUAGCGUUUUAAAAACAUUCCACAGAAACAAUUACAUUCAUAGACUAGAGAUCAAUACAGGGUGAUGCUUGUUAAUGCAGGAACCUUAAAAGUAGACACAGUGACCCUCAGUGAAAUGCACUGAUUAUAAUACCAGCCAACAUACAAGCAGACUGA